AUGGCAGCGAACAAGAAACACGGCCUAUGCGGAGUCGGUUCAGUCAUGAGAAUAGCAUUCGCCGCGGAGGCCGAGAUCAGAGAUCACAGAUCUUCGCAGAUAUAUAAGAUACCAUCUUGCCCGCCUUUACCAACACAUCAGCGACAACACCCACCGCAGCAAGAAGCCCAUACAACCAGCACCAAUAACCUCAAGCUCAAAUCUUCGCAAACUUCCAAGAUGCAGAUCAAGACCUUCACCCUCCUCCUCGCCUCCUUCGCCGCAACCAACGUCCUGGCAAACCCAGUCCCCAACGCAGAGGCCGGUAUCGAGGCUCGUGCCGAACAGGCUGAGCAGGCCCAGCAAGCUCAACAAGGCGAGCAGGCAAAGCAAGGCGAACAAUGGUGGCCACGACGCGGCGGAUGGCGCCCUCAGAACGAUUGGCGCCGCCUUCGCAACCCUUUCCCAAGUCAGUUUGGGAACCAAUUUGGUUGGGAUGGACAGCAGUGUCCGUGGCAGGUGCAGUCGUGCUGGAAUUGCCAAGGCUUCUUCCAAGGCAACCAGGGCGUUUGUGGACAGGGCUGGUUGCGUGGAUGUCCUUGCUUCUAG